UACACCAAGCAGCGAGUCAUCUGCGCUCAGUGGUACGCCGGCUGCUCAAAGAGAGAGUUCCCUAUUAGCGGACAAAAUCAAGAAAGUGUAGCGCGUGCGUUAAAAGGCUGGCCAGCGCAUAAAUACAAACAGCAACAACAACAACAACAGCAAAAAAAACUCACCACACACAAGCACACACACACACACAGACACACACGUGCGCCACUACUAACCCAUACAACAACAGCCAGCACAAUGAUCAACAUGGACAUUAGCGUAACGCCCAACUAUUCCUAUAUCUUCGAUUUCGAGAACGAUUUCAUACACCAGCGCACACGCAAAUGGAUGCUGGAGAACUGGACCUGGGUCUUCUACUAUUGCGGCAUUUACAUGCUGGUCAUAUUCGGUGGACAGCACUUUAUGCAAAAUCGGCCGAGAUUUCAGUUACGUGGACCGCUGAUCAUAUGGAACACGCUGCUGGCGAUGUUCAGCAUAAUGGGCGCCGCUCGUACCGCGCCGGAACUGUUGCACGUGCUGCGUCAUUACGGGCUAUUCCAUUCGGUCUGUGUGCCCAGCUACAUUGAACAAGAUCGCGUGUGCGGUUUCUGGACCUGGCUCUUUGUGCUGAGCAAACUGCCCGAACUGGGCGAUACGAUAUUCAUAGUGUUGCGCAAACAGCCGCUGAUCUUCCUGCACUGGUAUCAUCACAUCACGGUGCUGAUCUACUCGUGGUUCAGCUAUACGGAAUACACUAGUUCCGCACGCUGGUUCAUAGUUAUGAACUACUGUGUGCAUUCGGUUAUGUACAGCUAUUAUGCACUGAAGGCGGCCCGAUUCAAUCCGCCGCGAUUCAUCUCGAUGAUCAUCACGUCGCUGCAGCUAACGCAAAUGAUAAUUGGCUGUGCAAUUAAUGUGUGGGCAAACGGAUUCCUGAAGACGCACGGCACACAAUCGUGCAAUAUAUCGCAGCGCAACAUCAAUCUAUCGAUCGCCAUGUACUUCAGCUAUUUUGUGCUGUUCGCGCGCUUCUUCUACAAGGCGUACCUGUCGCCCGGCGGACACAAGAGCCGGCGCAUGGCCGCCUCCCUGGUUGCCCAGAAUACAGCCAAGCUGGCCGAUGGACCGACGGCAUCCGUCUCCGAAUCCAGUCUCUCUGGCAAAUAUGUGGGCGAGGAUGCACAGGCUGCCUAUAUGCGCAAGGCCAAGGCGCAGUAGAGCUUUACCACAACCCCCCCUCCACACUACCCCCUCAGCAACCAACUAAAGGCUAAGGACAUUUAUUUAUGCAGUACCGAGGUGUAAAAGUUGUUUUUUAAUUUUAAAAAAAGGCCCGACACAAACAGCUCGAGCCAGACAGCAGACGCGCACACGAGGGGCGUUCGAUAAAUUUAAUUUUAAGCAUAGAGUUUUACCAGGCGGCUGGCUUACUAAAACAAACACAAAUAUAUACAUAUACAUAAAGCUA